AUGGCUCGCUGCUUCUGCGCUGUUCCGCUACGCGUCAGCAAUCCUGUGGAACUACACUCAGCCGUUCAUGAUCCAUACACUCCCAUAUACAACGACAAACGCAAUAUAUACGGGUUGAACGCAGUCGAUAUGAACCCAGGUCGCCGUACUUCACAUUCCUUCAACCUUGUCCUCGAGGAUUGCUACCGCAAACUCGAUCAAGCCUCCAGAGACCUUGAGUAUCAUACAGCACACGUCACAGCUGAGAUUGAUCAACUCAAAGCACACAUUCGCCACCUGAAAGAGACUAUCCCUCGCGAUGAUGAACGCGAGGAUCGCCGCCAAUUGAUGCAUCGACGCCAUACCCUUCAGAUUGAUUGGGUCAAGAGAGGCGUCUGGUCUAUGUCUACCAAGACUGCGGAUCUGAGAUUCCACCUGAGAUAUGAUGAGCCGGCAAUCCAGAGGGCUGUGAACAGGGUUCUGAGCAGGCUUGCUGGAGAGAUGCCGUGUUGGCUCAGGAAUGGUUCGUGA